GGUCCUGGAGUUAAACCGUAGUUUCUCUGUGCUUCCAUUGUCGCAGGUCUGCUGUUUUCACGUUGUAUUCUAAAAUUUGGUACAGGUUAGGUGCGAGUAUGGGAUGGCUAACUUUAGCACUGGAGAUCGAAUGAGGAAACCAAAGGGUGACGGGCGAUCCACGGAGAUAUCUCUUGUUAUACGUCAAACCUUGGAAGCUUGCAUUAUGACACACCUAAUGCCCCGUUCCCAGAUAGACGUUUUCGUCCAAGUUCUUCAAGCUGAUGGAGGAACAAGGCCCGCGUGCAUAAAUGCUGCAACCUUGGCACUUGCAGAUGCUGGAAUCCCAAUGCGUGAUCUCGCCACUUCUUGCAGUGCUGGAUAUCUUAACGGCACUCCUUUGCUCGAUUUGAACUACGUUGAAGAUAGCGCAGGAGGCCCUGACGUCUCUGUUGGAAUUCUAUCCAAGAUGGACAAAGUGACCCUACUUCAGAUGGAUGCAAAACUGCUUAUGGAGACCUUUGAAACUGUAAUGCAACUCGCGGUAGAUGGGUGCAAGGCAAUAGCAGAAUACAUCCGAAAAGUACUACAAGAAAACACCAAGCAACUGGAGUAUCGCCGUGGUGUUUAAUACUACAGGACGAUGACGAUGAAGUUGUGUCCAUUCUUUCACAGUACUACACCAUCUUUUGCUGAGAUUGUAACCUGUUAGAAGCGGAAGCAGAAUGAUGCCAAUUUUGAUCGUAAGUAUAACUAGAUUGUAAUUUCUCCAUUGUAGAUUUUCAAGUUGGAAAUGAUAGUUUUCUGAGACUAAUUUCGUACGACCAAACAAAGACAUCGAGUAGCCCUCAUUGGAGCACCAAAGAAUGAGAUUUUGCUUUAUCAAAAAAAUCAGCUCAUCUCUACUCUUUAC